CCUAAUUAGUUUCUUCCUCCCUCUUUCCUUCUUAUUCACUACUUAACCUUAGCUCUCCUUUCCAUCUUCCUCCUCCUAUAGCUUUUUCUUGAUUGACCUUGUUCCUCUCUCUCUAUAUAUGGGUGUAAUUGAUAUCAUGGAUGCCAAGAGUACUAGUUCAUUAGGGAACCCUAACCCUAAUAUUCUCACUCCACAUCCUUCCAAGUCCUCGGUGGCCAUCCGCUUCCUCCGCGUCCUCUCCCUCGUCCGGCACACGGCCUCUUCGUCGCCCUCCUCCCGAGCCUACAGGAUCCGACGUGCCGCUUGCUCCUGCAUGGUGUACUCGGCCGGCCCCCGUCGGGCUUGGAGUCGCGCCUUGCUCCGUAAACUCGUCCGCCGUCGGCGCGGUCCUCCCCGUCGUCGGCGCGGUCCUCCCCGUCGUGACCUCCCGAGGCCGGCGGUGAUAAGUCGAAGGCGCAGACCCGUCGGUGGAGAUCGGUUGGAGGUCGCGCUCCGGCGGGUGGUGCCGGGGGGAGCUGGCAUGGAGUACUGCAGGCUGCUUGAAGAGGCGGCUGACUACGUGAAGUGCCUGGUCAUGCAGAAUUACAUCAGAUAAUAAUCAAGAUAAGAAUAAGCAGGCAGUAUUCUCAGGCAAGAAUAAUGUUCGCGUUGCAAAGCUUCUUGCACUAGUUUCUCCUCGAGUGUCCCUACGUGCAAAAGCACUUCGGCUCG